AUGACCACAGAUGUACACAGCCGAUGCUUCCGGCAGUUCUGUUACCACGAGGCUGAUGGGCCCCGAGAGAUGUGGGGACGAUCCGUGAAGAUGGAAGCGAAGCUCUCUGAGACAGAAGGAGCUCCGUCAGAGGAAAGUCAGAGGACGCAGGCCCAGGAGGAUGCCCGAGAUGCCCUGUCAAGUGAUGAAGGCAAGAAUGAAGACUUGAGAGGAAACUUCAGAAACCAAGUUGGACCUAAGAGGCAGAAAAGAAGCCACGUGGUCAGGAAGAGGGGUAAACCCAUUCCUUGCCAAGGGGGGGAUUUCCAAGAAGGAAUUCACAUGGUGAAGGAAACAUACAAGUCCUUGUCGGGCGGAAUGAACUUCUCAGACCCAUCCCAGUAUAAUGUCCAUUUACGGAUGCACACUGGAAAGAAGACCCAUCACCGGCUGGUCUGUGGAAAGACCAUGAUUCGCAGAGCAGACCUCCUUAGACAUCAAAGAACACAUUUACGAGAGAAGCCUUAUAGCUGCUCAGACUAUCACAACAGAUUCUCAAAGAUAUCAGACCUUGUUCAACUCCAAAGGAUUCAUACAGGAGGGAAGCAAUUUAUUUGCUCAGGGAGUGAAACGAUGUUCUCUGUCAAAGGCAAAGAGAUUCAGGUGCAGUGGCACUCUUCGAAGUCAUAUAAGAACCAUACAAGGGAGACGCCUUUUGUGUGCUCAGAGUGUGGGAAGACAUUCAGUCAGAGUAGCCAUCUUCAAACCCAUCUAAGAACCCACACAGGCGAAAAACCUUUUGAAUUCUCAGAGUGUGGGAAGAGAUUCAGUGACAGUACCACUCUUCAAAAUCAUCUAAGAAUCCACACAGGGGAGAAGCCUUUUGAAUGCUCUGAGUGUGGGAAGAGAUUCAUUGACAGUAGCACUCUUUCAAAACAUCUAAGAACCCACACAGGGGAGAAGCCUUUUGAAUGCUCUGAGUGUGGGAAGAGAUUCAUUGACAGUAGCACUCUUUCAAAACAUCUAAGAACCCACACAGGGGAGAAGCCUUUUGAAUGCUCAGAAUGUGGAAAGAGAUUCAGUCAGAUUGGCACUCUCCAACUUCAUCUAAGAACCCACACAGGGGAGAAGCCUUUUGAAUGCUCAGAAUGUGCAAAGAAAUUCAGUCAUAGUAGCAGUCUUCAAAAACAUCUAAGAACCCACACAGGGGAGAAGCCUUUUGAAUGCUCAGAAUGUGCAAAGAAAUUCAGUCAUAGUAGCAGUCUUCAAAAACAUCUAAGAACCCACACAGGGGAGAAGCCUUUUGAAUGCUCAGAAUGUGCAAAGAAAUUCAGUCAUAGUAGCAGUCUUCAAAAACAUCUAAGAACCCACACAGGGGAGAAACCUUUUGAAUGUUCUGAGUGUGGAAAGAGAUUCAGUAGCAGCAGCCCUCUUCAAGAACAUCUUAGAACCUGGACUAAAGAAACUUUUUCUCACAGAGGCAGUGCUCUACGAGAAAGCCUGUAUGACAGAGGGAUGUACCCAGGAAAGGACACCGGGCGUCCGGAGAGAACAUCUCGAAGGGAAGACGAGAUGUGGGCAGCGGAGAGAGAAAUUCAGAGAGGGGAAAGAGACUCAGCUGAAAGGAGCUAUGACCCCCGAGACGACCAAAUAGAAGAUCUUGAGAAGGUUUCCUUGGUGGUGUGCACCAUGCGUUCUGCCUGGCCGUUGGUGGCCGGGUGGAAGGGCGCUGACUGGACGUGGCGAAUCCCGCAGUACCUCGUGAAGUCCUGGAACUCGCUGGAGGUGAAAGGCGUGCCGUUGUCGGUCACCAGGGUGUCCGGAAGGCCGUGUGAGCUGAAGAUGUGGCGCAUUGCACUGAUGGCCGCCUUUGAGGAGGUUGAAGGGGGACCCCUCUAUCCGGACCGAAACGUGGACUUUGUUCCGGCCUGCGCGGGGAAGGUCACCUACCUGGGGCUGGGGGUUGAUGGCGUUGGUGUCGAGCGAGUGCAGGUCCACGGUGUGGAUCGGCUCCAUCUGGUGGGUGGACUUCCUGCGCUGUUGUCGGUGGCUGCGGCAGACCUUUGCAAUGUGGCCCUGUUUGUUGCAGACCCGGAAGACGGCAUUGCGGAAGCGGCAGUUCCGGCGUUCAUGUGGGGACGAUCUGUGAAGAUGGAAGCAAAGCUCUCUGAGGAAGAAGGUGCUCCGUCAGAGGAAAGUCAGAGGGUGCGGGCCCAGGAGGAUGCCCUGUCAAGUGGAGCAGAUGUAGAGGAGACAGCUGGGGAAUUCCAGGGGUUCUCUUUGGAAAAAGUCAAGAAUGAAGAUGCUGAAGGACACUUUGGAGAUGGACCACAGGGGCAGGAGGGAAGCCAAGCAGGAGAGAAACCAUAUAAUUGCUUGCAGUGUGGAAAGAGCUUUGCAGGGGAAGUUGAGGGGGAUGAGGAACUGCAUCCUCUAUCACCAGAUGAAGUCAAGAAUGAAGACUUGAUAGGAAACUUCAGUUACCAACCUUUUGAAUGCUCAGAGUGUGGGAAGAAAUUCAGGCGCAGUGGCCAUCUUCAAAUACAUCUAAGAACCCACACAGGGGAGAAGCCUUUUGAAUGCUCAGAAUGUGGAAAGAGAUUUAGUGACAGUAGCACUCUUCAAAAACAUCUAAGAACCCACACAGGGGAGAAGCCUUUUGAAUGCUCAGAAUGUGGGAAGAGGUUCAGUCAGAGUGGGGCUCUUCACGGACAUCUAAGAACCCACACAGGGGAGAAGCCUUUUGAAUGCUCAGAAUGUGGGAAGAGGUUCAGUCACAGUAGCACUCUUCAAACCCAUCUAAGAAUCCACACAGGGGAGAAGCCUUUUGAAUGCUCAAAGUGUGGGAAGAGAUUCAGUGAAAGUAGCAGUCUUCAAAAACAUCUAAGAACUCACACAGGGGAGAAGUCUUUUGAAUGGUCAGAGUGUGGGAAGAGAUUCAGUCAUAGUAGUGCUCUUCAAGAACAUCAGAGAACCCACAUAGGGGAGAAGCCUUUUGAAUGCUCAGAAUGUGGAAAGCGAUUCAGUCACAGUGGCCAUCUUCAAACCCAUCUAAGAACCCACACAGGGGAGAAGCCUUUUGAAUGCUCAGAGUGUGGGAAGAGAUUCAGUCGCAGUGGCACUAUUCAAAUACAUCUAAGAACCCACACAGGGGAGAAGCCUUUUGAAUGCUCAGAGUGUGGGAAGAGAUUCAGUCGCAGUGGCACUAUUCAAAUACAUCUAAGAACCCACACAGGGGAGAAGCCUUUUGAAUGCUCAGAGUGUGGGAAGAGAUUCCGUGACAGUAGCACUCUUCAAAGACAUCUAAGAACCCACACAGGAGAGAAGCCUUUUGAAUGUUCAGGAUGUGGGAAGAGAUUCAGUCAAAGGGGCAGUCUUCAAAGCCAUCUAAGAAUCCACACAGGGGAGAAGCCUUUUCAAUGCUCAGAGUGUGGGAAGAGAUUCAGUCGCAGUGGUCAUCUUCAAAGACAUCUAAGAACCCACACACGGGAGAAGGCUUUUGAAUGCUCAGAAUGUGGGAAGAGA